AUGCCUUCGAAAUUAUUGAAUGCUACACUCUACGGAGGUGGUUUCUCACCGGCGGUGGCGACUUGGUACGGCAGCCCCACCGGAUCAGGAAGUGGUGGAGCUUGUGGUUUGGGCAAUGAUGUGAUAUAUGCUCCUUACAACGGCAUGAUUGCUGCCGGAAAUGGGAAUUUAUUCCGAUCAGGAGGUGGUUGUGGGACUUGUUUUAUGGUGAAAUGCACAAAUAAUCCAGCUUGUUCGGGAUUUCCAAUUCAUGUGACAAUUACAGACGAAUGCCCUGGCCUUUGCAAUAAUGACCGUAUUCACUUUGACUUAAGUGGAAAAGCUUUUGGUUAUUUAGCAAAAGCUGGGCGUGAAGAAGAGCUGAGAAAAGCAGGAAGGAUUGAUAUUCAAUAUACUAGUGUGCAAUGCCAUUACAACUCUAAAAUAGCAGUGAAGAUUGACUCGGGAUCUAACCGUUACUACGUAGCCAUGUCUGUCGAGAAUGUGAACGGAGAUGGUGAGAUCAAUCGAAUUGACAUAUUGGCUCAAGGAUGGAAAUCGUGGGCAUCUAUGCAACGUAAAUGGGGCGAGACUUGGAAAUUUGAUGUGCCAUCUGGAGCCACUGGACCUUUUUCAAUUAAGUUUACCGAUCUAGCUGUGGCUUAUAACCUCAUACCAAGAAAUUGGGCUCCAGGACAAAAAUAUUAUUCAAAUACCAAUUUCCCUUGA